AUGGCGCCCAGGCAGCUGGGCAUGGGCGGCUACGGCACCACCUUCCUCAACGUUGAGAAGGAGCUCGUUGUGAAACAGGCGCGGACUCUCGAGACGUUCCGGACCUUCAUUGCAGAAGCGAAGGCGAUGACGCUGUUCGCCGAACACGACGGCUUCCAGCGCCUCGUGGGCGUGUGUCCGGAGAGGCUGUGCCUGGUCAGCAGGUACGCCGGCCAGACCCUCGACGCCCACGUGGUCGGCCGCAUGCACACGGAGCAAAGGAUGUCUGUCGUAAGGCAGGUGUGCAACAUCGUGAAAAUCAUGCACAAGCACGGACUCGCUCACAACGACAUCAAGCCAGCCAACGUGUGCGUGCGGACGGGCGCGGCGGGAGCCCGGGUGACCGUGAUUGACUUCGGUCUGACCAUGGUGGCAGGGAGCCUCCCGAGGCUGGAGAUCCAGUGGCACGAGCGCCUGUGCUACGCCCCCGAGAUCUGCGGGAGCGAGAGGGCGGGCCCUUGCGGCAGCCUCUCCGACGCGUACGGCGUGGGCAAGCUGAUGCUGUUCCUGUUCGGCGGGAAGCAGCAGAUGCCGCAGCUGCUGAGGCUGUGGUUCGCGAAGAGCCAGGAGGUGAGUCCGAGAGAGCGCCAGGGCCUGGGCGCGCUGCUGGAGGCCCUCGAGCAGGAGAGGAUCCGCCUGCUCCGCCGCGGCUACUGA